AUGAGUUCUCCAACCACCCCGCGCGCUCCGCGUCACCGGGGCGCGCUUCUCCUACUCCAGGAUGAACCACCUCUCGCGCCCAUAGGUCACGGUGCGUUGGCGUCUCUGAUCAGACAACGUGGGCGCGAAGAGGAGGAGGGUCUCGGCGGCGAUGCCUCAGAGGACGAGCUCUCGCGUCGCGAUGAGCGACGCUUGAGUGCCAUCCUCAACAGUGCCAACAUCCGGAGCAUGCGCCUCAUCGGCAGCAGUAAUCCCCGCUACUGCUGGGAGCGCUAUUGGAAAACUGAAGCGGAGCUGGACGCCAUGCCUAAGAACGUCCGCAAGUACCACGAACGCGUCAACUACCUAGUCCAGCAGUACCUAUAUAUCGACCGGCUGUUGGACUCUUCCCUCCCGCACGACCUGCUCAAUGAGUACAACAAUAUGCCGGCGUCUGCCUUCCGCGGCGUCGAGAUCCCGGCCACCAUCAUGGAGACACCAUCGGCCCCCUUCGGAGAACCCGCCCGCAAGGUCCUGCGGACGCCCAAGGCUAUCUAUUGCCCCACAGAGACCACCCCUCUGUUUUCUGCCCCUGACGGUGGCUCCUACGGUAGCGCUGUUGACGACGGUGACGAGGACCCCGAGGCCGGUCGUUCAAAACCCGAGAUCCCCUGGCUCGAAGACGACGUAGUCGACAGCGACGCGCCCAUUGUCACCCUUGCCAUCUACGUUAAUUUCGCCGCCAACCUUAUCUUGCUGGCUGGCAAGUUUGCCGUUGUUAUGUCGGUCCCGUCCGUCUCGGUGCUGGCCAGCUUGGUUGACGCCAUGCUGGACUUCCUCUCCACAGUCAUCGUCUGGGUCACCACCUGGCUGAUCCGCAAGCAAGACCAAUACCGGUCGCCCUCGAGGCUAUUGCGCGCCUUGCCUCGCCCGACCGGGACAUCAUCGAACUCUAUCUCUAUCAUGUUCGGAACCAUUGUUAUCAAGGGCUUGUGCUGGCUAUGGUGCCGCAUGGUCAACAAUUCGAGCGUUCAAGCACUGGCCGCGGAUGCAAGUACCGGCUCCAUAGCUUUCCCUAUAAUCGGUUUCUAUGCCAGGGUAUGGUGGCUCGACGCCCUCGGCGGCCUAGUACUCUCCCUUGUUGUCAUCUUCAACUGGUCCCAAACUUCGUUCGAGCACAUCAGGCAUUUGUCUGGCUUCUCGGCCACGGCUGACCAAAGGAACAUCCUCCUCUACUUAACCAUGCGGUUUGCGAAAACCAUCAAACAAAUCCAGGGCCUACAAGCAUACCACGCGGGUGACAAGCUCAACGUAGAAGUCGACAUCGUUCUAGACGCCAGUACCCCCGCUCAAGGACAGUCACGACUUGAGAGAGCUAACACGAAGCGCGAUAGCGAGAGCCUACAAUAUGUCCUCGAGUCGGUCCCCAUCGUCGAUAGAGCCUUUGUGCACGUCGACUAUGCCACCUAUAAUCUGCCAACUCACAUGGAACAGCAGACCGGUUAA